AUGUCGCUCUUGGUCUCCUCUCACAAUCCGUUCCGCACUCCGACAGUGACGCCAGUACCCACCGGAGCCACUGCGCAGUCAGACCCAUUCACAGACUCAGCAACAGCAUCGUCCACGCAAUCGGCCUCGACCUCGUCGUCAGCAACGGCCAAUACUCCCUCGGGAUCUCCACCAGAGCCAAGUUCCGCUGCACGCGGUAAUGGCUCACAGCCAGAGCCCUCGGUGAACGAUCUGCUGAGCGAGGAGCUCCCGCCCGCGUACACCUCCUCUCCCAAUUUCUACGAGGGCGAGGCGACACUCGAAGUUGGCCCACGGCGACCGUUCCAGCAACCACCGUACGCCCCACAGCCGCACCAGCCUCCAUCCCAGUUUCCGCCGCAAUCGUGGUCCAUCCCACAGCAGACCGGGCCUCCGCAUGGAGGGUACUACCAUCCCGGAGGCUUCGCGCCACCCCCAUCACACGCCUCACAGGCCCAGCAGCCGACUUCGGGACCGUUGUCCGAUUUCGCGCGCGACUUCUAUCACGCAGGGGGGAACGACGGUGGGCUCAUGGGCGGAGGCAGCGCGCAGUACCAGACGGGAAAUCCGGCCUCCGACCCUCCUAGCGAUCACGCACGGUACGCUCACCCUCACGGGCCGCCACCUCCGCCGAAGGACGCGGCCUCUUCCUCUCCCACUGCACCCAAUGACGGCAAACCUACACCCACCCCUGUGCCCGGACACCCGCUCCUUCGGAAUGGGAAAGUGUUGGUGUAUCCUCCCGGCCAUGAGUGCUACAAAUGCCACAACACGGGCUACAAGAACCAUGACCCGUCCCACUCGUGCUCGCGCUGCUGGGACAAGUACGCAAAGCCCUACGUCGGCGCGAUCACCUACGCACCCUGGGGAUCGGACGCCGCCACGUCCCCCACCGCUUCCUCCUCCGCGUACUCCUCGUCGAGCCUCCAGCGCCCGCUCCCGAACUUCCGCCCGCCUCAACAGUCGCUACACCAAUCCAGCUCGUCCUGGUCGGGCGCCCCUCCCGGCGCCGCCUCCAACCUCCAGCGCGCGGCGACGACCUCGCGCGCGAACGGCUACCCCGGGGCCGGGGCCGGGGCUCCCCCGCGGCUCAUCCCUAUCGCGGGCGGGGCGUUCCCGCCGCGGCAGUGGGGGCAGCUCCAGGGCCCGGCGGCGGGCGGGAGCGUGGCGGUCAUGAGCCCGGGCGACCCGAGGAUGGGAGGCCGGCUCUGUUGGCGGUGCGGGGGGCGGGGGACGACGUCGUUCUUGAUCUUCGACGAGCAGACGUGCGGGAUAUGCAGCGGGGUCGGAAGGACUUUUGUGUAG